GUCUGUGAUGUGUCAGUGUGUGUUGUAGGGGCACACAAGCUGACAGAAAGUUUAACGGCACGUAGAGUUAAACAUUCAACAUCCAAGAAAAAAUUCUUGGCAACAGGUGAAUCUUUGACAACUGAACCGUAAAGAUGAGCAGUCGGAGGAAGAAGUGCAAACGCCAGAUCCUGAAAUUCGGUCAGAACGUCGUCAGGUUUAUUACUGGGACACUCAGUUCAGACACCGUUGCUGAGGAGCAGGAGCAGGCAGCUCAGAGACAUAGACCUGAGACCAUAGACUGCCUGCUGGCCCAGACCCACUUUACCAAGAGAGAACUGCAGAUCCUCUAUAGAGGAUUCAAAAACGAAUGUCCAAAUGGUCUUGUUAAUGAAGACACUUUUAAAAACAUCUAUAGUAAUUUUUUCCCUCAUGGAGAUUCAUCAAACUACGCACAUUUUCUCUUUAGAGCUUUUGACAGGAACCAAACUGGGUUUGUCAAUUUUGAGGACUUCAGUUUGGGUCUUUCUGCGCUGCUACGAGGACCAGUGGAAGAAAAGCUUACGUGGGUGUUCAACUUAUAUGACAUUAAUAACGAUGGAUGCAUAUCAAAAGAGGAAAUGUUGGACAUCAUGAAAGCAAUAUAUGACAUGAUGGGAACGUCACUAAAUCCCAGACUCUCAGAGGACACAGCGAGACAACACACAGAGAUUUUCUUUCAGAAAAUGGACAAAAACCAGAAUGGUGUGAUCACCAUUGAUGAAUUUAUUGAAUGUUGCCAAAAGGAAGACAACAUAGUCAAAUCUAUGUACAUUUUUGAAAAUGCAAUCUGAGGCAAAUCCAUGGACAGACCUACAUGUUCACCCAGUGCCUGGUCAUCGGUGUCUUAUCAAGCCUUCAGUCCUGCUGGAGAGAACAUUUCCUUCCAUUUGAAAAGAGAAAACAGCAGAUUAGAUCUGAUGAAUGAGGUAUUUUUUUUUCUGAUUUAUAGACUAGAACAAAGUAGCUCUACACACAGGACAAUUCUACCCAGCGUAUAAAAACACAAAGUAAUAGCAAGAAGAUAUCAAACAUGGUCCUACAAGAGAGUGCAACAAGAUGUUUUUAAUAUUGUAUUAUGUUUGACAGGCCACUUAGUUUGCCACUAAAAUAUUUUACAGGAGAGCCAAGACAUGAUUAUUUGCGAUUUUGCAUAGUUGCUGUGAGAUUUAUGGUAGCUGAGGAAUGUAGGACAUGGGAUGAAAUAACUCACAUGCAUAAUUUAUAUGCCUAGCUUUACAAC